UAUAUUUUUUCAUGGUCGAAUCCUUUCUCUUUUGAAGAAGCUCUCCUUCAGGUAAUUGGAAUUCACGAUUUCGAUCAUUAAUUUUUGUCGGAAUAUCUUACUUUUUCUUUUUUUUAUUAUUGUUUUGUUCGAUUGCUUUCUUGUUUUCAUCUCGAGUUGGCUGUUUGGUUACUAAGAAAACGUAGGAAAACCAGAAAGAAGAGGGGAAAAAUGUCGGUCACGGCAGGUGUUAGUGAUACUGUAAUAGCAAUUAGGGAUAAACUUAGAGGCAAAAUUGGACAAACGAAAGUUAAAAGAUAUUGGCCUGGGAAAGCUCCUGAAUGGGCUGAUGAUGCCGAUGAAGAUGGCGAUAUUAGGAUGGGUAGGGCUGUUGCUUUAGAAAAAGCUUUUCCUAGUCAUGACGAUUCGGGUAUUGUUACAAAAGACGAUCCUAGGUUACGUCGUUUGGCUGAGAGUAAGAUUGAUAAUAGGGAUGAAAUUAGGGCUGCUCAUAGACGUAUUAGGCAAGCGGAGAUUGUGUCGACGGAAGAGGAGGAAAAUAGGAGGAAUGAAGGGGUGGAGGCUGAGGAAGAAGAUGAGGAUGCGCUGGACGAGAGGAGGAGAAGGAUUAGGGAGAAGAUGCUUCAGAUGAAACAAGAGGAAACGCCAUUGUUGGAGGAGGAGGAGGAAGAGGAAGUGGAGGAAGAAGAGGAGGAAGAGUCGGAGUAUGAGACCGAUUCAGAAGAGGAGCAUAUGGGGAUUCCAAUGAUGAAGGCGGUUUAUGUGCCCAAGUCAGAGAGAGAGACGAUAGCUGAGCGUAAACGGCUGGAGGCUGAAGAACGGGCUAUUAAGGAAGCAGAGAAGAGGAAGUUGGAACAUAGGAAGAUUGAGACAAGGCAAAUUGUGGUUGAGAAGAUUAGGGAGGAUACAGAAAUUCAGAAGAAUAUGGAGGCAGAGGCAAAUGUAGUUGAUGUGGAUACUGAUGAUGAGGUUAAUGAGGCAGAGGAGUAUGAAGCUUGGAAGGCAAGAGAGAUUGCUAGGAUUAAGAGAGAUAGAGAAGAAAGGGAAGCAAUGAUAAAGGAGAGGGAGGAGAUUGAGAAGGUUAGGAAUAUGACAGAGGAAGAGAGGCGGGAAUGGGACAGGAAGAAUCCGAAACCUGCUCCACCACCUAAACAAAAGUGGAAGUUUAUGCAGAAAUAUUACCACAAGGGUGCUUUCUACCAGACGGAAGUUGAUGAUCCUGCUGCAACCGCUGGAGCGGACAGUAUUUUUCAACGUGAUUUCUCUGCCCCGACAGGUGACGACAAUAUGGACAAGACAAUAUUGCCUAAGGUCAUGCAGGUCAAGCAUUUUGGUCGUAGUGGCAGAACCAAAUGGACACAUCUCGUUAAUGAGGAUACAACUGAUUGGAACAAUCCAUGGACAUACAAUGAUCCGCUUCGGGCAAAAUACAAUGCAAAAAUGGCAGCCGUGAAUGCACCUAUAGUAAAACCAAAAGGAAGCAAGAAGUUGAAGGAUUGGGAAUUGAAAUGAUAACUAGUUUCUAUCCAUCAUUUGAUUGGAGAGAAUUUUUUUUUCAAUGGCUGGCAUGUUUCUUUUAUGUUUUGCUUCCUAGCACCUGGGAAACUGGAUGUUUGAUGAAGUAAAAUUGUAAAAUUAGUUUCCUCAUGUUAGACUGGUAGUGGUAUACUGCCAUGAAUAUUAUUAGCAGCAAAAUAUGCAUGAUUCAUAUAUUAUGCUAUCUUUUUCGUUUAGUGUAAAAGAAAAUUGUUGGCAAGAACAGGGGAAUUCCAUCCAAAUUUAAUGAAAACUUUUGCCAAAAUGGAAUGGGCACAAAGAUGUGUGUAGAAUUAAAUGUCCCAAACAAAAAAGAAAACCUAAAGAUCGAAAUUGAAGACGUUGGAUUCCUUCUAAUAAGUGGAGAGAAGCAAGAUGAAAUCAUUAAAAAGCUUUUCUUUCAAGUAUUGUAUCCCCCAAGAUGUUGAUUAAAAAACAACCCAAUCUUUCAUGUAUAAUGGUUAGACAUUAAAAUACCAAGGAUUAAUGAGAUUGAAAGACAAGGACCUACUUUGUGGGAUUGGGGAGGAGUUGUUUAUCAUAUUCUGUCUGGACUUAACCUUUGAAUGUACCAAUUAUCAAUUUGUUCAUGUUAGCACACAAUUUGGCUAUGGUGGAGCAUGAGGGGGACAAUCCAUUGGUUUUUCUUCAAGGAAUAAUUGAUGGGUUAUGACUAUUAGGCUGGAUUUCAGAUGUAAUAGACUUACCCGAAGCCCAGAUAUUUGAUAAGCUUAAAGCUUAUUAAGAAUUGAAUUGAUGUCACAUUGUUUGCCAGCUUUUCUUUUCUCUCCCAUCCCAUGGCAGAAGAAUUUCCUGUAGAAGUCAAUUCUACACAGCCUCCUCCAGUAAUUCCCUCUUUUCUCUCUUGUAAUUUUGAGAUUUGAUUGAAAGUUUGAAUUCAUGGGGUUAAUUCAUUUUCACCAGAUUUUCUGUUGCUCAAAAUUUUGGAAGCAGUGAAAUUGAUUGGAUUGUUUAUUCAUAAAAAGCUUAUUUUUGAAUGUGUAGUUUUUGGACGUUGUAUGCAAAAGUUCCGGUAAGAAAAGCCGGUUUGCGGCCGGAACUAAGGCUGGAUUUGCAGUCUCAUUGAUAAAUAGAAAGUUGGGUAUUGGAGCUCCUCUUUCUUUGCAUAUAGAAGCAGUCAAAGAAGGGGAGGAGCCCAUUAGUUUUGGACCUGAUGCUGUUCUUGUGGGUUAUGGCAAUGGUUGGCUGUUGCAAACAGUUACUGAAGUGGAUUUUCCUGGUACCAGAAAAGAGGAAGGUGUCGAAGGGAUUUCAACACAGAUCCCUAAUGUAAAGAACUUUGAUGGCUUUCAUCAUCCUACCAAGGGGGCUUCAAAACCAGGGAUCAGUUAUCUUUACAUUGCAAAAAUUGUAU